AUGUUGUCAUGGCGAUUGGGAAGAACUUGCCCCGCUUAUACUCCGUCCUUAGCCGGUGUUGCCAUGUCUUCUUCCUCCAUAGCAUCGUUGACCGGAUGCGAGUGUGUCCGGUCGGCGGUGCGCUGUCGAAAAAGGCCACGACAACAAUGCCAGUCUGGCAAUGUCGACAAGACAACGGCCCUAUUGGAUGACCCAGAACCCAUUCUCUCCCGUCGACUUGACGACGGGACGGUUGAGGAAAUUGUUUGUACGAUUUCUCUGCUUGUUGUCAUGGCACCAACUGACUGUACCGCAAAGCGGAUGGCACAUGGGGAGAAGGGAAGCCAAAUAACCGUCGUCCCAAGGAAGAUCGGGUCAUGUGCUGGUAGCAGGUGA